AUGGAUGGGAUUCCAUGGGACCAGGUCAAGGCCGGGGAUCUGGAUGCCUUGCGGGUCGCGCUCCUCUCGAGUUCGACCUCGCGCAGGCUCCGGGCCCUGCAAGAUCUCCGCGACAAGAAUGGGUCUGAACUAUCUCCGGAAAUCCAUCAAGAGGUCCUAGAUCUACUUUUCCGAACAUAUCCUUUAUAUGUCGAUCGAUCCUCCCGCCAGGCGGUCCAGCAAUGCCUCCGCUCUCUCCUCCGCACCCCCAAUGCGACCGAACACUUGAAGUUCCUUACACAGAAAUUGAAGGCCGAGGCAGCCCGACCGGGUCUGGCUUCCGCUUUUGCAUUUGUGUUGCUGGAAUGGUGCUGCAUCCUGCUACAACAGGCCAGUGAGGACCAGAACACACCACUUGCCAUUGUGUUAGACUUGAUCACGGUGGUUGGCAAGGCGUUGGAGAACUGCCUUGCGCACAACCCAAAGCCUGCAGUAAAACAAUCCGCUCUUAGGGUAACAAGACGUGCUCUGCGCGCCGUGUUCUCGUCUGAAGCAUGGGGCGCCGAUGCAGUGCGCCAGUCUGUCACCCAAUUGACGGCCGAUUCUACUGCGUCAUACAAGAAUUCGCCUAUCCUUGGCGUUGUCAGUGGAGUGUGCGCACGACUUGCGGACAAGAAGGCAACGCUCGAGGAGUCAAAGAAGUCUAUUCUGGCAUUCUAUAUUAAAGAAAUCGUGAGCUCAAAAACUGUUGUGCCCGCACAUACGGCCAAUGGUUUGGCCGAUUUCUUCGCCUCAUUUGUUACGUAUGAAGAUGUUGCUACCGAAUUGGUGCCUCCUAUGGAGAAGUCCAUGCUGAGAGCCCCAGAGGUGGUCCUUAGUGGUGUGAUCCCGCCUCUGUGUGCCUCUUUGCCCGAAGAAAUUGAUAUUUCAGAGCUGGUGCAAACCCGCCUUUCCAAGCACCUUCUUGCCAGCAUGAAGUCCAACAAUCCAUCCAUCCGCCAAGGCGCAGCUGAUUCCUUUGGGUCGCUGCUUACUCGUUGCAAAACAGACGCCUUGGUCUUGAAGAUCACUGGUGAGAUUAUGGGUCCCUUGAAGACUAACAAAAUCACCGGCGCUGAGCAUCGUGUUGCCUAUGCCCAGGCGAUUGCGGCUAUUCCUUGUUCCGCAAAUGUUUCAAAAGACAUCAUUCAAGGGUUCGGUCCCGUGUUCACACGAGAGUCCAACGAGCCAGCUCUGGAAGAAGAGAUUAGAUCCUUCAGCAAGCACCUUGCCUAUCUUAUCCAGUCUAAGGCUAAGAUCAGCGAUGAUGUUACAAGCACAAUUGUCAAAGGUAUCUCCGAUAAGCGAGUGCCUUUCCGCAAAAUCUGGCAAACCAGCGUGGGAGAAGUGCUUUGGAGCUCUGACCUUGACGCGCUGAAGAGCGCUGAAGUCGAGCCCCUCGCCACCAAGUUCCUUGCCAAGAUGAAGGAUCUGUUUGGAGAGGUUGCCUCCAACCCGCUUCCCUCCGCUUCAAGUGGAGCGCUGCCGUCAGCUUAUCUUUACCUGGCUCUGUUCCACAAGGUGUCCGAUGUUCAAGGGUCUUCCAAGGCCGCUUGGGAUGAGCACGUGGCACAGUCAAUGACUUUGAGCCCCAAGCCAUCGUUCAUGCUCAACCCAAGAGUAUUCUCGAAGCUGGCCUCCAAGGAGGAAAUUCAAUGGCUUGUCAGGGCAUUGGCUGCUGUCGCAUCCGGUGCCAAGUUUGUGAGCGCCGAUGAGGCGUCCAAGAUUGCCUGGGCUCAGGCCUUCAUCUUUAGCAUUGUCGCCCCUGCCAUCCCAUCUAACUUCAGAGAAGCUUCCGCAGAGACACUAUCUCGCGUUUACUUGACGGACGUGGCGUCUUUCGGUUCCAUUUUCGUCCAGGCUCUUUGGGCUUGGACUCUUGCUUUCCGGACGGCGGACAAGGAGUCUGCAGCCCACUCUGCUGGCCCAGGCAGCGAACGCCUUUUGCAAAUGGUAUUAAGGGCUCUCUGCCCAUCCAGCGAUGUCGUGCAAAAGUCUAGCAUUUCCUCCGCCGAUCUCCAGGUUCAGCUAAUUGAUAUUCUCAUUCUGAGCCGGCCAGAGUUGAUCCCCGGUGCUUCUUGGAUUGCUCUGUGCUUGAGAACAGGAACUGAUCCUGGUGAACUUGUUCGCGCGCACCCUGCCAAAUGUAUCGAGCAGUUGGUCCAGGUCAACGCCGAUCCAAUUCAAUCAGCCGUGCCCAAUGUCAACCCAGCCGUUUGGACUGCCGCAGCUGAGCUGGCAUUCGUCGCGCCAGACGUCAUGAUCCCCCGUCUCGUUGAUCAGAUUAAACACGACCUGGAUGGUACUCGUCUCUCCAAGUUCACGGCUACGGACGCUGCCAUUUCACGUACCCCGGAAGGCACCGCUUUCGUUGAUGUGCUCAGCAGCAAGUCGAAGCAGCCUGCUUUCGACAAGAACACCAAGGACUAUGAUACCCUGAAGUGGGAAGAAGAGCUUCGAGCUCAACUAGCCGAGAAGAAGGGACAGGCACAGAAGAAGCUGACUCCUGAAGAGCAUGCCAAGGUCAAGGCCCAACUCGCCAAGGAGGCUAAGAUUCGUCAAGAUGUCGUGGAAGAGGUCAAGCGGAUUGAGCGGGGUGCUGGUCUUAUCCAUGGCCUCGCAACCGGGCCUACCAACGAUGUCUCUGGAUGGAUCAAUGCUGCCGUCACUUCUCUGCUGUCGCUUGCUCAAGCUGGUGCUGGCUUGUUUGUCGGCGAUGUCGUCUCUCGCGCUUUCAUCACCUGUGCUGAUGAGGUCUCAUCUCGUCUAGGUAACCUGCGCUCUUUCGUCGGCAUUGCUACCCUGCGAGCCAUUGGAAACACCAACCUUCCCUCUGACAUGGAACUGGAGCCUCUCGGAGAACUUGUCACAAGAAUCCUCUACCGUCUGCGCUUUGCUUCUGAGCAGCGUCCCUUUGACACUACAUCUCUCGCCUACGUUCUCCCUCUCAUCUUCCAAGUUCUGACUCAGAACGGCAUCCAGGAAGCUAAGGGCGAAGAGGAAGGCACUCAAGUCCUCUUGGCUCUAGAGUUCCUUUCUUUCCACUCUGGCUCCUUUGCUGACACCCGUCUUCCUCGCGUUGAGGUCUUGGAGCAACUGCUUUCCGCUAUGCAGAGAUACACUCAGCACUACAAGAUUGUCAAGGAUACGCUGAAUGACUUCUGCAGGUGCAUCUCUCCUAGCAUCAACAGCAAUGAGUUGGAGACGCUUCUGCGGGGCACCAUUGUCGUCGAGGCUUCUGUCCGGACAACUGUGCUUCAAGUUGUCGAGGCUGAGAUUGAUUUGACCGAUCUUGAUUUCUCCGAACACAUCUGGCUCGCUUGCCACGAUAGUGUGGAGGAGAACGCUGAAAUCGCCGACACAAUUUGGGAGGACAAUGCUCUCGAAGUGGACGACAGCUCUUACAGUAAGAUUAUCAAGUACUUGGAGUCCAAGGAUGAUCAACUCAGAGGUGCUGCUGCUCGCGCCCUGGCUCAUGCCAUUGAAUUUGACAAGAGCAAGUUUGUUGGUAUUCUGUCUGAACUUCAAGCCAAGUACUCGGAUGAGAUCAAGCCCAAGGCCCCCGAAAAAGAUGCCUACGGAAUGCCCAAGAAGGUGGACGUCUCAGACCACUGGGAGGUUCGCAGUGGUAUUGCCCUCGCUUUUAGUGCCAUGACCAAUCAAUUCGAUGGCGAGCAAGGUGUUUCCUUCCUGCGUUUCCUCAUUGAGCAGGGUCCUCUGCUUGAUGGAAAUUCUCGUGUCCGAGGUCAGAUGACUGAAAGUGGUAAGUCUGUUAUCAUCCAGCGUGGCCAGGCCAAGGUCGAGGAGAUGAUGAAGCUGCUCCAAACCACUCUUGAAACCUCUGACAAAGACACUACGACCUCUGAUCUGCUGAAUGAGGCUGUCAUCGUGCUUUAUGGAUCUGUGGCGACUCACCUCAAGGCAAAUGAUCCUCGCUUGCAGACUGUCAUCAAGGAAUUGCUCUCGGCCCUCGAUACGCCUUCAGAAUCUGUGCAACACGCUGUCUCCGAAUGUCUUCCGCCAUUGAUCAGAUCCUCUGGUUCCAAGGCCAAGGAGUACGUUGAAUCUCUGAUUCACCGACUUUUCAAUGCCCCCGACUACCCUCCUCAGCGUGGUGCCGCCUACGGACUUGCAGCCGUUGUCUGUGGGCGGGGUGUCUCAACCCUGCGCGAAUUCCGUGUCAUGAGUUUGCUCAAGGAAGCUACCGAAAACAGAGCCCAGAAGGAGCAACGACGUGGUGCUUUGUUGGCGUUCGAGCUUCUUGCCAUGAUUCUUGGACGCACCUUCGAGCCUUAUGUGAUUCAGAUUGUGCCCCAACUUCUCGGUGGCUUCGGCGAUACCAGCAUUGGUGUCCGUGAUGCCUGCCUGGACGCCUCGAGGGCAUGCUUCCAAAACCUCAGCUCCUACGGUGUGAAGGAAAUUCUCCCUACCCUUCUCGAGGGUCUGGAUGACACACAAUGGCGUAGUCAGAAGGGUGCCUGUGACUUGCUCGGAGCCAUGGCCUACUUGGAUCCUCAGCAGCUUGCAGCCAGUUUGCCCGAUAUCAUCCCUCCUCUGACUAUUGUGCUUAAUGACACUCACAAGGAGGUUCGUAACGCAGCGAAUCGCAGUCUUCAGCGAUUCGGUGAGGUCAUCAGCAACCCCGAAGUCAAGAGCUUGGUUGGUGUGCUUCUUAAGGCUCUCAGUGACCCUACUAAGCACACAGACGAGGCCCUGGACUCUUUGAUCAAGGUCUCCUUUGUGCACUACCUGGAUGCCCCCUCGCUGGCCCUUGUCACUCGUAUCCUCGAGCGUGGUCUCAGUGACCGAUCCAACACUAAGCGCAAGUCUGCCCAAAUUAUUGGCAGUUUGGCUCAUCUCACAGAGCGCAAGGAUCUCAUUACUCACUUGCCCAUCCUUGUGGCUGGUCUCAACCUGGCCAUCGUUGAUCCAGUUCCCACCACUCGUGCUACUGCCUCCAAGGCCCUUGGUUCGCUUAUCGAGAAGCUUGGGGAGGAUGCUCUGCCUGAUCUUAUUCCCAACCUCAUGGCCACUCUCAAGUCUGAUACUGGCGCUGGUGAUCGUCUUGGAUCUGCUCAAGCCCUCUCCGAGGUGCUCGCAGGACUGGGUACUACCAGACUUGAGGAGACUCUGCCUACCAUUCUCCAGAACGUGUCCAGUGCCAAGGCUUCUGUUCGCGAGGGCUUCAUGACACUCUUCAUCUUCUUGCCUGCCUGCUUCGGAAACAGCUUCGCCAACUAUCUCAGCAAGAUCAUUCCCCCUAUUCUUGCUGGUCUGGCCGACGAUGUUGACGCGAUUCGUGAAACUGCCCUCCGUGCCGGUCGCUUGCUCGUCAAGAACUUUGCCCACAAGGCCAUCGAUCUGUUGCUGCCCGAGCUGGAGCGUGGAUUGGCUGAUGACAGCUACCGCAUUCGUCUCAGUUCCGUCGAACUGGUUGGUGAUCUUCUCUUCAGUCUUACUGGUAUCUCUGGUAAGAGCGAAGACGAGGAAGAAGAGGAAGAGGCUACCCAGGCCGGUCAAUCCUUGCUGGAGGUUCUCGGAGAAGAGCGCCGCAACAAAGUCCUUUCUGCGUUGUACAUUUGUCGCUGCGAUACCUCUGGACAAGUCAAGAGUGCCGCCCUUGGUGUCUGGAAGGCGCUUGUUGCCUCUCCCAAGACCCUCAAGGAUAUGGUUCCCACAUUGUCCCAGCUCAUCAUUCGCCGCCUCGGAUCCUCCAACAUGGAGCAAAAGGUCAUUGCCAGCAAUGCUCUCGGAGACCUUAUCAAGAAGGCUGGAGAGUCUGUGCUCAAUACUUUGCUUCCCUUGCUUCAAGAUGGUCUUCAAACUUCGCCCGAUGUGGACGUCAAGCAGGGUAUCUGUAUCGCUCUUCGUGAGCUCAUCACUGCAGCAUCCCCUGAUGCAUUGGAGGACUUCGAGGAGAUUCUCAUCGCGACUGUUCGCGUGGCUCUGGUCGACAAUGACGAGGACGUCCGUGAAGCCGCUGCUGAGGCCUUCGACUCCUUGCAACAGAUCAUGGGCAAGCGAGCUGUGGACCAGGUCCUGCCUUACCUUCUUCACUUGCUGAGGAACGACGAGGACGCCGAGCAAGCCUUGUCAGCCUUGCUGACGCUUCUUACGGAGCAGACUCGUGCCAACAUCAUCCUUCCCAACCUCAUUCCCACCUUGCUUACAGCGCCUAUCUCUGCCUUCAAUGCCAGAGCUCUGGCAUCAUUGGCCGAGGUUGCUGGUUCCGCUAUGACAAGAAGAUUGCCUACCAUCCUCAACUCCCUCAUGGAUGGCAUCAUCGAGGCCACCGACGAGGAGCACCGAGAAGAGCUCAACACUGCCUUCGACACAGUAUUGGUGUCUGUGGACGAGUACGAUGGCCUGAGCGCCGCCAUGAGUGUGAUGAUCACUCUUGCCAAGCACGACGACCACCGCCGUCGCUCUGCUGCCGCUCUCCACCUGACCAAGUUCUUCGCAGAGGCCGAAAUGGACUUCUCGCGAUACUACCAGGACUUGAUCCGCGCCCUCCUGAUCUCGUUCGACGACUCGGACAAGGACGUCGUCAAGUCGGCAUGGACCGCCCUCACUGGCCUUAUGUCUCACAUGCGCAAAGAAGAGAUGGAGGCCCUGGCUAUUCCCACCCGCCAGAUCCUUCGUCAAGUUGGUGUCGCUGGCGCGGAUCUGCCCGGCUUCAGCCUGCCCAAGGGUAUCAUGGCAAUUCUGCCUAUCUUCUUGCAGGGUCUUCUCAACGGUACUACCGACCAGCGUACUCAAUCUGCUCUGGCAAUGUCCGACAUCAUCGACCGUACUCGUGCCGAGUCAUUGAAGCCUUUCGUUACUCAGAUCACUGGUCCGCUUAUUCGUGUCGUGUCAGAGCGUUCCGUGGACAUCAAGUGCGCCAUCUUCUACACUCUUAACAAGCUGUUGGAGAAGAUUCCAUUGGCUGUCAAGCCAUUCUUGCCCCAGCUCCAGCGUACUUUCGCCCGUGGUCUGGCCGACACUACUAGCGAAACUCUGCGCAACCGUGCCGCCAAGGGUCUUGGUAUCUUGAUCACUCUGACACCAAGAGUCGACCCGCUUAUUGCCGAACUUAUCACCGGAUCCAAGACUCCUGAUCUUGGUGUCAAGAACGCCAUGAUGAAGGCUCUCCAGGAGGUUGUUGGCAAGGCUGGUGGCAACAUGAGCGAAGCAUCUCGACAAGCCAUUCUUGCUCUCAUCGACGACGAUUCCAGCGACCAGACUGAUUCGGUUGCUAUUACCAACGCCCGUCUCCUUGCUGCGCUUGUGAAGGUCCUUCCCGCCGAAAGCUCAGUUCCCCUUAUCAAGAACCGCAUCCUCAGCGGCGCGCUCUCUCACGCCUCAAUCCUUGGCCUCAAUGCUCUUCUGGCCGAAUGCCCUGAGGUCCUGAAUGAACACUUCGCGGCCGAGCUGCCCACUGUCAUCUGCCAGGGUAUCGCCAACCAGGAUCCCUUCAUUUCCGAUAACAGUGCUCUCGCUGCCGGCAAGUACCUCUUGUCCAACGAUGGCGACCAUGCCUUUGAGUCCAGCAAGGCCAUCUUCGAGGCGUUCGUUCCCGCCAUCCAAGUCGGCAGCCCGUCCGAUACUCGUCGCUUGACUUUGGUGGCUAUCCGAACUGUCAGUCGACUCCACCCCGAGUUGGCUCGUCCUCACUUGGCCCUUCUCGCGCCGUCUGUCUUCGCUGGUGUCCGUGACCUGGUGAUCCCCGUCAAGCUGGCAGCCGAGGCGGCCUUCCUGUCCAUCUUCUCGGUGGUCGAGUCCGACAGCGAGGUGUUUGACAAAUACAUGGCAGGACCGGGUGCAUCUUUGCCCCCAGGCCCCAAGCGCAGCAUGUCUGAUUACUUCAAGCGUAUUGCCAUUCGAUUGGCUACACAGGCACGUGAGCGUCGUGAGGCUGAAGGUGGUGAAGGUGGAUUGGGACUGUCAAAUGACGAAGUGGAUGAUGAGAAGGAAUUGUGGAGCAUCGGCAAGGUUGAUCUUGGAGAUGCCUUUGGCGAGGAGUGA